AUGUCGGCGCAAAUCAACCAGCCGUCCAACCAAAUCAAGCUGACAAACGUGUCGCUUGUGAGGCUCAAGAAGGGCAAGAAGCGCUUCGAAAUCGCAUGCUACAAGAACAAGGUCCUCGAGUGGCGCUCCGGAAUCGAGACGGACCUCGACAAUGUCCUCCAGAUCCCCAACGUCUUCCUCAACGUGUCCAAGGGCCAGACAGCACCCAAGGAGGACCUCGAGAAGGCCUUUGGUAAGGGCAAGACGGUUGACGACAUUAUCCUCGAACUCCUUAAGAAGGGCGAGCUGCAAGUCGGCGCCAAGGAGCGCAGCGCACAGCUGGAGCGAGUCCACAAUGAAGUCAUCAGCAUAGUGUCGAGCAAGCUUGUCGACCCGCGCACGAAACGAGUAUACACGUCCGGCAUGAUUGAAAAGGCCCUUGACCAGCUGAGCUCACAGGCUCAUACCAGCAAAGAUAAACAGCCAGGCAGCGGCACUGCUACGCCUGCUGCAGGUGAAGAGGGUGAGGCUACGCCCAAGCCCAAGGAGCGCGAGCACAACUGGACCGGUGUCGUGACGACAAAGAGUGCCAAGUCUCAGGCUCUUGAGGCCAUGAAGGCUCUGAUUGCACACCAGCCCAUUCCUGUGGCUAGAGCUCGCAUGAGACUCCGUAUCUCUUGCACAACAAGUGUACUGAAGCAGGCUGUCAAGAGCGCUGGGGUCAAGGCCGCCGCCAAGGAUGAAGAUGGCGAGCAGCAAAAGGCCCCCGGAACUGUCAAGGACAAGAUUUUGGGCUACGUGGAACAAGUAGAGAGCCAGGAUGUCAUGGGCUCCGAGUGGGAGGUUGUUGGCUUUGUAGAGCCUGGUGCAUUCAAGGCGUUGUCUGACUUCAUUGGCAAUGAGACCAAGGGACAGGGACGAGUGGAAGUUUUGGAUAUGACGGUGACCCAUGAGGAUUAG